AUGCACCCUGCAAAUCUAAUCUUGUACACUGCCCCUUGCAAACAACAACGGACGACACUCGCAUACCUCGCAGGCUCAAACUCCCCUAAGUUCGCUUUUCUCUCCGCAAUGUUACCCCCACCACCACCACCGAAGCCACCAUUUUUCUUCUCUCUCUCCCUCCUCUUCUUCCUCCUCCUUCUCCUUUCCACCUCCGCUGAAGCCGCCAACAAAACCACAACCACCACUGUUGUCUCACCCACUCCCUCCCCUAUCUCCUCUCCCACUCCGCGUUCCACCGCUCCCUCUCCUAUCUCCUCUCCCACUCCAAGUUCCACCACUCCUUCUCCUAGCUCCGCCCCCACCACUCCCUCUCCUUCUACCCACUCCACCUUAGACCCUAAACAACUCAGAGCCCUCCAAUCUCUAGACAUCCCCACUUCCAAGGACCCUUGCAUACAGCCCUCUCCUCACAACUCCACCAUCUGUGAUUCUGCCUCUCCCUUCCGCCACCUCAUCUCUCUCCACCUCUCCAACUGCUACUCUGACGUUUCUUUCUCCUACACUGCCUUAAAAUCCCUUUCCACUCUGCAAUCUCUCACUUUCACCAACUGUCCCAUCACACCCAUUCGCUUCCCUUCAGAUCUUGUCCUCUCUCUUCACUCCUUCACUUGCAUUCACUCUCUUAAACGCCUCACUGGUGUCUGGCUUUCUCACUUUGUCAAUCUCACCGAUCUCACUGUAAGUAAUGUACCUGUCAAUACUAGUGGUCUUUAUGUGAUUCUUGGUAAUAUGCGCAAGCUUAAGUAUCUUACUAUCUCCAAUGCUAAUGUCACGGGCUCCAUACCAAAACAUCUGCAUUUCAAUCUUACCCAUGUGGAUUUGUCGGGUAAUAAGCUCAAAGGAAGAAUACCCAGUUCUAUUUCAAUUCUGGAAAAACUUGAAAUGCUUAAUCUUUCCUCCAAUGCUCUUACUGGUGAAAUACCCACUAAUUUCGGUGACUUGAUUUCAUUGAAGAAUGUUUCUUUGGGGUCUAAUUCGUUAUCUGGGUCGAUCCCAGAUUCUAUGUCAGCAAUUCCAGGUUUAGUACAUGUUGAUCUGAGUUCAAACCAGUUAAAUGGGACAAUACCAAGAUUUUUUUCAGAAAUGAAGCAUUUGAGGUACUUGAAUCUUGCAAACAAUGAGUUCCAUGGUGUUUUGCCUUUCAACGUUACCUUUUUGAAGAGGUUGGAUGUGUUCAAGGUUGGUGGGAAUAGCAAUUUGUGUUAUAACCAUACAAUUUUGUCAUCAAAAUUGAAGCUUGGGAUUGCUCCCUGCGAUAAACAUGGACUGCCAAUGUCACCGCCACCAGCUAAAGAUUCAUCAGGAGGUGAUAGUGAAAGUGAUUCAUCAGAUUAUGGUGAUAGUUCAGAGGAUGAUUCUAGCAACAAGGGAGGGAAGCAUCAUGGGCCUAAUAAGGUUGUUCUUGGUGUGGCAAUUGGGCUAUCUUCAAUAGUCUUCCUCAUCGUUUUCCUUAUUCUUCUCUCAAAAAGGUGUGGUUGAUUGGAAGGUAAAAUUUCUUCUUCAAGAGUAGAGAUUAGAGAAAAUUUGCUAAUUAGAAAUCAUUUUUAUUGUUUGAUUUAUUAUACAAUUGAUUAUGGAGGAGAGCGGCUGUAGAGCAGAAGUGUACCAAAAAAGGGGGAAAAAAAAGGAGAGGGAGGAAUCAUUGUUUUGGUGUGUUAUCUUUUGCAGCUUUUUUUUUUUCUUCUGCUUUAGUAAUUUGGUUGAAGAGAACAGCAGUGGUUGCUUCUUGCUAUUAUUUUCUUUCGUGAAUUUGACCUCCUCGUGGUGGAUAAUUGAAUGUUACAUAGGGAAAGCAGGUUGAUAUUUUUGUUGUAUCACGAAUUAUGUACUUUUGUUGAGCUAAAAACAUUAGUUGAUCUCAUUUUUAUAAAUUCCAGCCUAUGUUUGGUCCUGAA